CAUUGUAGAAAAACAUAAUAUUGCGUCAUUGUUAUUGUGGUAGCUGGAGCUCCAGCAGUUGACAAGAGAUUUCACCCUCGAACGCCGCGUGCCAUGUCGCUCCAAAAGAACAUGUCGUCGGACGAGAGUUUGCAAGGUUCCUGGGUGGAGCUGCAUUUCAGUGGCUCUCAGAGCACCGGCCAUCACGGGAGCCAGGAGCGAAUCUUCACGUCCGUGCAGGAGGAGGGUGACGUGGAGAAAAUGCUGCUGGACGCGCAGCACGAGUCGGGCAGGAGCAGCUCCAGGGGAAGCUCUCAGUGCAACAGCCCGCUGAGAGCCCAGACCCCCCUUCUACUGUGGAGAGGCUCAGAGAACAGCUCACAGUCAGAUGAAGACUUCCAAGAAAGAAGACGUGAAGUAGAGAACGCGAUGAAGAACAACGCUGACUGGAUCAGGGACUUGUCCAGUCGACCUGAGAAUAAUCCACCAAAGGAGUUCCUGCUGAAGUACCCUAAGCGCUCGACCUCGCUCAGCAUUAGGAACACCAGCGUCAUGAAGAAGGGAGGCGUUCUCUCUGCUGACUUUCUGAAGCUUUUCCUUCCUUCAUUAAUCAUUUCUCACAUACUUGCUGUUGGCUUAGGGAUAUAUAUCGGGAAGCGUCUGACCUCCCACAACACCUACUGAGUAGGAGGAUGGUGGUGUGUUGCGACACCUUGAUGUGACCAUCGAUGCAUGCCUUAAAGUGGGACCUUCUGAUGACCGAAGGAGAUGUGGUCAUGUGACGCGGUCCACAUUUAGCUCACACAAGCGUGGAUCUUCCAUUGCUGUGUCGUGGCGUCUGCUCCAGAACACAACAGUGACCAAUCCUCUGCUCCCAGCUGUGGCGUCUGGCCUGGGGAUGACCGUUCCGCUGCUUCCUGCUCCUUCAAUCUGCAAGUUAGGGAACUUUAGUGCACGCCUUUUGCCUUUCUCGUUUUGCGGUGAGAAAUCACUUUUUGAUUUCAAAUGAUGUAUCAAAUGAUUUUAUUUUUUAAUCAGCUUUGAAAAGUGUUUUGAGCAUUAUUAAGCACGGAUAUGGUCCACUGUGUUCAUCCAAUGCAAAAUAAAAGUUGAAAAUACA